CGUCGCUCAGUUGAGUUCGUAAGCGCCGCCGAAUGGGACGUACGCAUCUCGUCCUUUAAAAACAUCGAUAUCAUUCGGUACCUUUACUUUGAAAUCUCUAUUUUUAAAUUAUAUUUGUUAAGGAAAUAUUAGUGUCUAGUGUUGUGUUAACAAGUAUUGGAUUUGUUUUGCAAGUUCAUGGACUUUUUGGCUGAGUUUUUCGUCUUUUCGUUUUGUUUUCGAUUUCAGGGAAGGAGACAAAAAAUAUAUAACUAUGAACAAUGACUUUGCGGUAUUGAGUUUAAAGUGAAAAUUAUUGAAACAUUCUGUGAAGAUGGCUAACAAAUCACAUACACUUUUGGAGAUAUUCCAAGAGAUUUUGGCUGCAUCUGGCAAUGCUUCGGAUAACAGUAUUAAUGAGACACAGAUCGUGUCUGUGCUGCGGGAGCAGGCGAGUCGAGGAGCCAGCGGGAGUGAGAUGGAGUCCCUCUUAGUGAGGAUGAUGAAGGACGCUAAGAGCAAACUCAAUUUGACCUUGAAACCGGACACUUGUGGCUACUGCGAAGGUGACUUCAGGGAUAUCAUUAUGGCAUACAACAGCAUCCACGGAUAUGUUAGUUUACUGGUUUGCACUAUAGGAGUAUUGGCCAACACAAUGAACAUCGCCGUCCUGACGAGAAGAGACAUGGCUGCUGCUCCUAUAAACCGACUCCUCAAGUGGCUGGCUGUCGCUGACGUCUUCGUGAUGAUUGAAUAUGUCCCCUUCGUUAUAUAUAGACAUUUGGUCCUGCCGGAAAAAUUGGAUUUUCCAUACUCAUGGGCGAUGUACCUGCUAUUUCAUAUGCACUUCGCUCAGAUACUUCACACGGCGUCUAUAUGUCUCACUCUGUCCCUCGCUAUAUGGAGAUAUUUGGCUAUAAAGUACUCAGACAAAAGUCACAUAUUGUGCACGGAAAGGCGGUGUAGCAUCGCAAUCCUAACGAGUUUCAUAUUGCCUCCUAUACUGUGCGCACCUACUUUCAUGGUUUUCGACAUACACACGAAAAACGUGACAGACAAAUUCGGCAACCCAGACAUAGCAUACCAUGUGGACUCAGAUUACCAAGGGACACUGUACCAAGCCAAUUUCUGGGUACAUGGCGUCGUCAUCAAACUACUGCCUUGUUCCAUCCUCACAGUCAUCAGUGUCUGGCUUAUACGAGCACUGUACAAUGCGAACCAGCACCAAAAGAAACUGAGAAACUACAACGCCUGCCCAGCUGCUGAGAAAAUGGUAAAGAGACAGAACAAAGCAGACAAAAGAACUGACAGAACUACGAAGAUGUUAUUGGCCGUGCUACUGCUGUUUCUCGUUACGGAGUUACCUCAAGGUAUCAUGGGGCUGAUGAGUGGUCUGCUCGGGUGGUGCUUCUUCAAACGAUGCUACGAUCUGUUCGGAGAGCUGAUGGACUUCCUGGCGCUGCUGAAUGGAGCUAUAAACUUCGUGCUGUACUGCUCCAUGUCUCGACAGUUUCGUCAGACGUUUAGGCAGUUGCUACUGCAGCCCCACCUCGCAAGGUUCCUGCCACCCACAGCAUCGCAUUCCGACUCUCACAACCAGAACACGUGCACAGAAAAGAUAAAAAGGUAACUACAGCCGAGCUUCAAUAUAAAUAUGGAUAUUGCAAAAACGUCUGUGCCGUGAGGACGCGUGAAACACGGGCAGGCCCCAGUGAUGAGAGAACAUUUUCUAUAGUGAACUGUGAACUGUAACAGUGCUUUAGUUCGUAUGUUCAAUGUUAAAGAAUAAAGAGUGCGACCCUGUUCAAAAAGAAGUGCACCUCUCGUAGUACGCGCGUACUACGAUAGCAAGCGCAGAGCGUGCUGUACACACACUAUUACAAUACGAGCGUAGUACGAGAGUAAUUAAUAAAGAGUGCGGUCCUGUUCAUAAAGAAGUGCACCUCUCGUAGUACGCGCGUACUACCAUAGCAAACGAAGCGCGCUGCACGCACACUAAGCGUAUUGUAAUACGAGCGUAGUACGAGAGCAAUUAAUAAAGAGUGUGGUCCUGUUCAUAAAGAAAUGCACCUCUAAUAGUACGCGCGUACUACGAUAGCAAGUGUAGAGCGUGCAGUACACACACUAUUACAAUACGAGCGUAGUACGAGAGCAAUUAAUAAAGAGUGUGGUCCUGUUCAUAAAGAAGUGCAGCUCUCGUAGUACGCGCGUACUACGAUAGUAAGUGUAGAGCGUGCAGUACACACACUAUUACAAUACGAGCGUAGUACGAGAGUAAUUUUCAGCGUUCGUUAAAGAUACGACGUUAUAUGCGGGGUGAAGUAAGCCUCGGUCUUUGAAUGGCCCAUUUAAGUAUGUGCAGGAUUCCAGUCAAGUCAUAUAGAAAUUAAAGUUAUUCAUGUAGGUUGUUCAUUUGCUUUAAUUUCCUAGAAUGGCAAAUUGCAUAAGGUAGGUAUUACAGUAUAUUUAUUAUGUGACAAUUUUUACACGUAAUGAGCUCCUGCUACUAAGAAAUUCCUUGAAGAAUCAGAAAAAUAAGCCAAACAAAAUUGU